UGGAACCAACCCCCCUCAGUCCUCACUCCCUCCUCAAUCUCUAUCCAUUCUUCUUCCAAUAAUACAUAUAUAUAUCACUCCCUUCACUCCAUCUUUUCCACUCAAACAAUUCCAUUCGUUCAACAACAAUCAAUCUCUCUAAUUCCUUCACUCACAUGGCGUCACCAGACGAAUCUUCAGCCAUAGACUUCAUCCGUCAACACUUAGUUAUUGAAUCUGAAUAUCUCUUCGAUUCACCUACUUCUUCUUCAUCCUCUGUUUUCGACCAACAAUUCCAAUUCAACAUAAAACCUGAACCAAUUCUUCACUCAAACACAACUUUUCACGACCGAAAACCCACGCUAAACAUAUCAAUCCCGUUUCCUCCGCCGGUGACGGCGGAGACGGAGAGAGUGGAGGAACAACAACCACCGCGGCGUUACAGAGGAGUGAGACAACGGCCGUGGGGAAAGUUCGCGGCAGAGAUUCGCGAUCCGAACAAGAAAGGAUCUAGGGUUUGGCUAGGGACGUUCGACACCGCUAUAGAGGCGGCGAAGGCGUACGAUACGGCGGCGUUUAGGUUACGGGGUAGUAAAGCGAUACUAAACUUUCCGUUAGAAGUCGGUAAUUUAAAACAAACGGCGCCGGUGGUGGUGAAGAGUAACACUAACGGCCGUAAGAGGAUGGCGGGAGAUGUUGACGUGGAGGAGAGAGAAAGUCGGAAGGAAGUGAAAGUGGAAACGGAGAUGGUUGGGCCGUUAACGCCGUCGUGUUGGACGGCGGUUUGGGAUUGUUGUGAGGGUAACGGGAAAGGGAUAUUUGAGGUGCCGCCGUUAUCUCCUUUCCCAAUGGUUGUUUGAAGAUGAUUUAACGGCGUUUAGUAAAUGUGGAGCAGUUGACUUUUUACCGUUAGUGUCAUCCACAUCCCCAUCAGAAAAAUAAAAAAUAGAAAAACACGAAAGAAGGGGGUUGAGGUGUUAAGUGUACAAUGUACAUAGAGAAUAGCACGUUCUUGGUUCUUUUUAUUUUUUUAUAUGUUUUAUCGUGACAACUUAUUUUUUUAUAUGUUUUAUCGUGACAACAUAAAAGUACACCAAAAAGACCUUUAUUCCAACUUUAGAAAUAUUAUUAAUAAUAGUAAUCGUUUUGAGUUCUGAUA